AUGAACGCCAAACGUUGCUUAACAUUGUGUAGUAGAACGGGCAGAGCAUUUCAUGCAUAUCAUCCAACACCAACAACAGAAGAAUUGUGUACAUCAAAUGUUAAACUAGCCUUUGAACUUAUUCAAGCAGCUGGUAUGGUUGAACCUCCAGCAAAACUUGAAGAAAUUGUUGCAGGCGAUAGCAGUGCUGUAUUACGCGUGUUGUAUGGCAUCUAUUCAUAUUGUGCACAUAUGGAGGAUGAACAACGUCGGUAUGAAAUAAAUAAUAUUCGGGAACAAGGUGAGAUGGAUGAAUAUUACGGUAAUAACCAGAAACCUUCUGUACAACAUGGUCUAAUUAAUUUAUCGUGA